GGGGUGCGGGGCUCGCAGGCCGCGAGGUGGCAGCAGCCGGUCUCCAGCGGGGCCGGGCGAGGCGGCAGCGCCGGGCAGGGGCCCGGUAGCCCCCGGUGCUCCGGCACUCGCCACCCAGCGGCCCCUCCCCCUACGCCCAGGUCGGUGAGUCACGGCUUUUUGCAGGACAACUGACACGUCGUGAUUCCAGGUCCCUACAUUCCAUCGGUAAUUUCAUACUCGGCGCUCCUGCUAUUCGCCCCAGGGGUCCAGCUCCCACCCUAAAGCAUCGUGAAGCAGGAAUGUCUUAACUCAUCAGUGAGAAUUACUUUCCAAUUUACUGCUCUGGACAAAGCAGUAUGUGGCAAAGAAUGUUUCCUUUUUGCACGCUGUGUUGGGUUUGGCUGGAUUUCAAGUCUGACCUCUCCCUAUAUGUAUUUACUUCCCUGAGGCACACAGGGGACCUCAGCAUUUCACAGUGACAACAGGACUGAGAUGUGGACCUGUCUGUGCAAAUCUCCCUUAGCCAGCAGCAGGCUAGACCCAGUUGGUUCCCCCUAGGUGCCCUGAGGACCAGGCAACGUGGGUUGCUCCUUGAGGAGACUUGUAAUGGAUACGGGAGCUAUUUCUGAACCCCGCCAAGAGGGCUGGUUGUGCGGCAGUGCUGUCACCCUCUUGGUGGGCAGCUCUUGGGGCCCUGGGCCUGCCAGGCAGCUGCUGCCCUGCCCAACUGCUCUGGAGUCCUGACGGGUGAGUCUCUGCUCUAGUCCACUCAGGAUUGUCUGAAAUGCCUGAAAUAUUUCAAAUGCCACCACCAAAAUCUGCGGCAGCAUGGAGGAUCAAGUUUGCAUGCUUUUCCUGCUCGCUGGGGCUAGGCUUCAAGCACAGCAGCAGCCUUAGUGCAACAGGCGUUUUCGUGAUGUCUUGAGCAUGGCUUCAGCUCCAAGGUAAUGCUGCCAUUUGCUUUUUGAAGAAGCUCCAGGUGCCCUUGGGAGCUGGCCCCCAGAAGGAAUGUCACUUUGGGGUGUCUGGCUACCACUGGAAACCUGGUAACUGAAAAACUUGGUAUAGGGUGGAACACUGUGUUUUGCUUUGUGGAGUGCGAAGCCAGAGGGGAAUUUCGUGCUCAUAACCUGGCAUCCUCCAUCACACAGAUGACUGAACCUCACCCAGCAGAGCCCUGGCACAUCUACAGAGGGGACCACCUACUCAGCCCUGCUCCUUGCGGGGGUCCCGAUGAAUCGUGCCUUUCUGUGGCAUCUCUCCCUGAGCACUGGUGUAGCCCUACCUGCAGUCCCCUCACCCACCAAUUUUUGUCUCCUAACCACUCUGAGGUUUAUAGUUCAAAGAUGCGGCUUCACGGAGUUUCUCUUGAAAACUGGCAAUGUCCUCUGCUUUCUGUGCUUCUUUUUGGUCCUGUUUCCUUAUAUCCAGCCCUUCUACCACCUCCUCCUCAUCCCUGCUGCUGCUGGCUCCACUGCUGCCACGCAGCAGCUCGGCUGAUGCUGCGGCCACCGGAGGACCCGCACAGCACUCCCCACGUCUCAGCCAGCCACGCAGGGAGGGUGCAGCCGGGCGUGCUUAGCAGCUUGGCUGUGAGCUGUCCCUCACCUGGGAUCAUGCUUGUCCUCCAUCAGUGAAGUCUGCCUUAUAUGUUGGGAAUGCCUGAGCCUGUGUUUAGGGUGAUGUGAAAAGCAGAACUUCUGAACUCUUGAAUCUUUUCAAGAAGGCAAGCUAAUAUAGCGGUUUGCGAAGGAGGAUCCCUUUCUGAAAUACACGGGGCCCUGUGCUGUGUCUGCUACAAUGUGCCACCACCACAGCUUGCCUUUGCUUGGGAUUUGCUCUGCACAAUACAAGGCGGAGGAUCUGGCCUGCCAGGAGGAGGGUUUGCCUCCCUUGUUUGAGCAGUUCGGAAUGCGGGCUCUUGAUAAAAUGAUGGCCAUUUACCAGCUCAGGAUAACGCUCGUACGACUCUGCAGACCGUAUUUACAGCCAGAAUGUUAUGAUAAAGAACACUGCUUGCAGGUUCUACCUUCUGAAGAGAUUUAAACCCCUACCAACAUGUCUAAUCCUUCCAUGUUUCCAGAUCUGCAAGCUUCCAAGCAGCAACCUUCAUCAGUACAGGGAAGUUAAAGCAUGUAAGUCAAGUCAAGGAACCUGCCUUUGCAUGCUGUAGUUAAGAUGGCAACAAGGGAUAAUUUGAAUACGAUCUGUAAUAAUAACAAAGAACUUCAAGUUUCAAACCUCCUUAAGAAAAGUGGACUUGAUUUCUCAAGGAAAAUAUAUGUAUGUUCCUUAGUCAAGUGUUGCUGUGUGUCACUGCUGUGAGAGGUCCAUGGAUGACAGCAGCGCAGGCUUAGCUGUACUCUUACAGUGUCUUUGUGCAUGCUGCUCCAAAAUCCCAGGUUUUCAGAAGGGUGAUGGAAGAAAUGUACUUGAAUUCUGAGAAGAAACAGUAGAAAGGCUGGAAAUUCUAUACUGAACUUCUAAUCUUGGUCCUUACUGUGAAGUCAGACCUUGCAGUGUCAGUUGAAAAUGUCAACGUAGAAUUCCAUGAACAAUACGUUAUUUCCUGACUGGCUUCCAGAAGAAUCGUUCAUACCUUACUUCUUAGGCUGCUUCUGGAUAUUCUUUCCAAAGAUUGAGAUGGCUGAUUGGGUAAUCCUCGAGCAAAGUUCUGUACUGUGCAUACUAGAUGUGUUGAGGAAUUGGUUUACUCACUGUAAGCAAAAUAACUGCUCUUGGUUGAAGCACUGUAAAUACCUGGGCACAGGACUUCAAAGCAAACAGACACCCCUGACCCCCUCUUAAUAUUUAAGAAUAAAAAGAUGAUGAGAAAUAAGGACAAAAGCCAAGGAGAGGAGGGUUCAGUCCACAGCAAUGCAUCGAGUCACUCAGCAUCUGAAGAAGCCUCUGGCUCUGACUCCGCAAGCCAGUCUGAAAGCGAGCAGGGCAGCGACUCAAACAGCAGCUCGGAGUCCUCUGAAAGUCAGUCUGAAUCUGAAAGUGAAUCAACGGGUUCGAAAUCCCAGCAGACCCCUCCUGAAACCAAAGAAAAACCUGCCUCUAAGAAGGAAAGGAUAGCAGAUGUUAAAAAGAUGUGGGAAGAAUAUCCUGAUGUUUAUGGGGUUAGGAGGUCAAACCGAAGCAGACAAGAACCAUCGCGAUUUAAUAUAAAAGAUGAGGCAAGUAGCGAAUCUGAAAAUGAGAGCCCAAAAAGAAGAGGCCAGAAGCAAAUGAAGAAAGCAAAUAAAUGGAAAAGAGAGGUCUCUGGUGAGGAAGAGGAUGAAGAUGGAGGGGAGCAAGGAACUAGUGGAGAGAGUGAACCUGAACCGAAGAAAGUUAAAGCAAGAAGACCUGCCCAAAGGAGAACUGUGGCUAAAACCACUGUUAAAAAGCCUCACAAACCCCAGCGUGGGAAGAAGAGAAAGAAACAGGUCUCAUCUGAAGAUGAUGAUGACGAUGAAGACGAUGAGACCCCCAAGAGACAAACUCGACGAAGAGCAGCCAAAAAUGUCAGUUACAAAGAAGAUGAUGAUUUUGAGACGGAUUCUGAUGACCUGAUAGAGAUGACUGGGGAAGGAGCUGAUGAACAACAAGACAACAGUGAAACUAUUGAGAAAGUCUUGGACAUCAGGCUUGGAAAGAAAGGAGCCACUGGUGCUUCCACCACGGUGUAUGCAACUGAAGCCAAUGGCAACCCAAGUGCUGACUUUGAUCCUGAAAAGGAUGAGGGAGAAGUUCAGUACCUGAUCAAAUGGAAAGGCUGGUCAUACAUCCAUAGCACAUGGGAGAGUGAAGAGUCCCUGCAGCAGCAGAAAGUGAAGGGCCUGAAAAAGCUAGAAAACUUCAAGAAAAAAGAGGAGGAGAUCAAGCAAUGGCUGGGCAAGGUAUCACCCGAAGAUGUAGAAUAUUUCAACUGCCAACAAGAGCUAGCUUCAGAACUGAACAAACAGUAUCAAAUAGUGGAGAGAGUAAUUGCUGUGAAGACCAGCAAGUCUGCGACAGGACAUUCGGAUUUCCCAGCAAACAGUCGCAAAACGUCCUCGAAUGACCCCGAAUACCUGUGUAAGUGGAUGGGGCUGCCCUAUGCCGAGUGCAGCUGGGAAGAUGAGGCUCUUAUAAGCAAGAAAUUCCAGCACUGCAUUGACAGCUUCAACAAUCGUAACAAUUCCAAAACGAUUCCUACCCGGGACUGCAAGGUACUGAAGCAGAGACCGAGGUUUGUUGCCUUGAAGAAACAGCCUUCUUACAUUGGUGGUGAGAACCUGGAGCUGCGAGAUUACCAGCUGGAGGGUCUCAACUGGCUUGCUCACUCGUGGUGCAAGAACAACAGUGUGAUCCUGGCUGAUGAAAUGGGGCUGGGCAAGACGAUUCAGACAAUAUCAUUCCUGUCGUACCUCUUCCAUCAGCACCAGCUGUACGGCCCUUUCCUGGUGGUGGUGCCCUUGUCCACUCUCACCUCAUGGCAGAGAGAGUUUGAAGUGUGGGCACCUGAGAUAAAUGUGGUGGUUUACAUCGGAGACCUCAUGAGCAGAAACAUGAUACGUGAAUAUGAGUGGAUCCACGCUCAGUCUAAAAGGUUGAAAUUCAAUGCACUUAUCACAACAUACGAGAUCCUCCUCAAGGAUAAGGCUGUUUUAGGAAGUAUUAACUGGGCCUUUCUAGGCGUGGAUGAAGCCCAUCGCUUGAAAAAUGAUGACUCUUUGCUGUAUAAAACGUUGAUUGAUUUCAAGUCCAACCACAGGCUGCUGAUCACUGGCACCCCCCUUCAAAAUUCACUCAAAGAGCUCUGGUCGCUGCUUCAUUUCAUCAUGCCAGAGAAGUUUGAGUUCUGGGAGGAUUUUGAAGAGGAUCACGGGAAAGGUAGAGAGAAUGGCUACCAGAGCCUUCACAAAGUCUUGGAGCCGUUUCUCCUACGCAGAGUGAAGAAGGAUGUGGAGAAAUCUUUGCCAGCCAAAGUGGAGCAGAUCCUCCGCGUGGAAAUGUCUGCUUUGCAGAAACAGUAUUACAAGUGGAUUUUGACGAGAAACUACAAAGCUCUUUCAAAGGGAACAAGGGGGAGCACAUCUGGUUUCUUGAACAUUGUGAUGGAGUUGAAAAAGUGCUGCAACCAUUGCUACCUUAUCAAACCUCCCGAGGAAAAUGAGAGAGAGAAUGGCCUUGAGACCCUCCAGUCUCUGAUCAGGAGCAGUGGAAAGCUAAUUCUCUUGGAUAAGCUGCUGACCAGACUGAGGGAGAGAGGCAACAGAGUGCUGAUCUUCUCCCAGAUGGUGAGGAUGCUGGACAUCUUGGCAGAGUACCUGACUAUCAAACACUACCCGUUUCAGCGCUUGGACGGCUCGAUCAAAGGGGAGAUCCGAAAGCAGGCGCUGGACCACUUCAACGCUGACGGCUCCGAGGACUUCUGUUUCUUGUUGUCAACACGAGCUGGAGGGCUGGGAAUUAAUUUGGCCUCUGCUGAUACUGUUGUUAUCUUUGACUCGGACUGGAACCCCCAAAAUGAUCUUCAGGCUCAGGCUCGGGCUCACCGGAUUGGACAAAAGAAGCAGGUGAAUAUUUACCGCCUGGUCACAAAGGGUACAGUAGAGGAGGAAAUCAUUGAGAGGGCCAAGAAGAAAAUGGUGCUGGAUCAUUUGGUGAUCCAGCGUAUGGACACCACUGGCCGGACUGUUCUGGACAACAACUCUGGGCGAUCCAACUCAAAUCCUUUCAACAAAGAGGAGCUGACAGCUAUUCUGAAGUUUGGAGCUGAAGAUCUCUUCAAGGAACUCGAAGGGGAAGAGUCAGAGCCUCAGGAGAUGGACAUCGAUGAGAUUUUGCGACUGGCUGAAACACGAGAGAAUGAAGUGUCCACCAGUGCCACCGAUGAGCUCCUCUCUCAGUUCAAGGUGGCCAACUUUGCAACCAUGGAGGAGGAAGAGACGGAGCUGGACGAGCGGUCCCAGAAGGACUGGGACGAUAUCAUUCCAGAGGAGCAGAGGAAGAAGGUGGAAGAGGAAGAAAGGCAGAAAGAAUUGGAGGAAAUCUACAUGCUGCCUCGAAUUCGGAGCUCAACUAAAAAGGCUCAGACAAAUGACAGUGAAUCAGAUGCAGAAACUAAGAGGAGGCUUCAGAGAUCAUCUGGAUCAGAAAGCGAGACUGAUGAUACUGAUGACGAGAAGAGACCAAAGCGCAGGGGACGUCCUCGGAGUGUUAGAAAAGAUACUGUGGAAGGAUUUACUGAUGCUGAAAUCAGGAGGUUUAUCAAGGCUUACAAGAAGUUUGGACUGCCUCUUGAACGGCUGGAGUGUAUUGCCCGGGAUGCUGAGCUGGUGGAUAAGUCUGUGGCUGAUCUGAAACGGUUGGGAGAACUCAUCCACAAUAGCUGUGUGUCAGCAAUGCAAGAAUACGAGGAGCAGCUGAAAGAAAAUCCAGGUGAAGGGAAAGGACCUGGAAAAAGAAGAGGUCCUACCAUCAAGAUUUCUGGUGUCCAAGUCAAUGUGAAAUCCAUCAUCCAGCAUGAAGAGGAGUUUGAAAUGCUGCAUAAAUCCAUUCCCACAGACCCAGAGGAAAGGAAGAAGUACCGCCUGACAUGCCGGGUCAAAGCUGCCCAUUUUGAUGUAGACUGGGGAGUGGAAGAGGAUUCUCGCUUGUUAGUGGGAAUUUAUGAGCAUGGUUAUGGAAACUGGGAGCUAAUUAAAACAGAUCCGGAAUUGAAGUUAUCUGAUAAGAUCCUACCUGUAGAGACAGAUAAGAAACCUCAGGGAAAACAGCUCCAGACCAGAGUUGAUUAUCUACUGAAACUGUUGAAGAAAGAUCUGGACAAGAAAGAAAACAUGAAAGAUGGGGAAGAGGGCAAGCUAAAGAAGAGGAAACCACGAGUAAAGAAAGAGAACAAGGCUCCCAAAGUCAAAGAUGAGCAUGGGAAUGAACUCUCCUCUCCUCGGCACUCAGACAACCAGUCAGAAGAAGGUGAAGUCAAGGAGGAUGGCUUGGAAAAGAGCCCAGUGAAAAAGAAACAGAAGAAGAAAGAGAACAAAGAAAACAAGGAAAAACAGACAACCACUAAGAAAGAAAAGGAAAGUGAUAAAGAGAAAAAGAAGACAAAAGACAAGAAAGAGAAGCCUAAAGGUGGUGAAAGCAAAUCUGGAAGUAAAGGGAAGAGAUCACAAGGUCCCGUCCACAUUACCGCAGGGAGUGAACCGAUCCCCAUUGGAGAAGACGAGGAUGAUGAUCUGGACCAAGAAACAUUCAGCGUAUGCAAGGAGAGGAUGAGACCAGUCAAAAAAGCACUGAAGCAACUCGAUAAGCCUGAUAAGGGGCUGACGGUUCAGGAACAGCUGGAGCACACACGCAACUGCCUCCUAAAAAUUGGGGACCGCAUCUCUGAGUGCCUUAAAGCCUACACUGACCAGGAUCAUAUCAAGCUAUGGAGAAGGAACCUAUGGAUAUUUGUGUCAAAAUUCACAGAAUUUGAUGCCAGAAAACUGCACAAACUCUACAAGAUGGCUCAUAAGAAAAGAUCGCAGGAAGAGGAGGAGCAGAAGAAGAAGGAGGACAUGUCCAGCAUGAAGAAGCCAUUCCGCCCAGAGCCUUCAGGCUCCAGCCGCGAUUCUGUGAUGUCCCAGUCUCACGUGCCUCACAAUCCUCAUUCCCAGAAGAUCCACCUGCCCCCUUCCCACGCCCAGCAGCAGAUGCACGGGCACCCACGUGACAACUAUGGCCAUCCAAACAAGAGGCAUUUCAGCAACACAGACCGAGGAGAAUGGCAGAGGGAUCGAAAGUUCAACUACGGUGGCAACAGCAACCAGAUGUGGGGUGGGGAGCGGCAUCACCAGUAUGAGCAGCACUGGUACAAGGACCACCACUACGGGGAUCGGCGAUCUCGUGGAGAGCCCCACAGGAGCUCUGGGAACUACAGACCAAAUAACCUCUCCCGCAAGAGGCCAUAUGAACAGUACAACAGUGACCGAGACCACCGAGGCCACCGGGAUUAUUAUGACAGGCACCACCACGAUUCCAAGCGUCGACGAUCGGAUGAGUUCAGGCCUCAGAACUACCACCAGCAGGAUUUCCGACGUAUGUCUGAUCACAGGCCACCCAUGGGAUACCAUGGCCAAGGACCUUCGGACCACUACCGGUCCUUCCACACAGACAAACUGGGAGAUUACAAACAGCCUCUCCCUCCACCUCACCCUGCAGUGUCGGACCCUCGCUCACCCCCCUCUCAGAAAUCCCCCCACGAUUCCAAGUCACCUCUUGAUCACAGGUCACCUCUGGAUAGGUCAUUAGAACAGAAAAACAAUCCAGAUUAUAACUGGAAUAUGAGGAAAACAUAAAGUGACUGCGAGGGGGGAAAGCGCACAUCUGAAAUACUUGGUUUGAUGCAACAGUGGCUGGUUUCUCCAAGCCAGCAACCAGAAACUCUGAACAUGCUGCUAUCAUCUUGCUGGGUCAAGGAGGAUUUUGGGGGAGUAGGUGGAGGAAGAUGUUUCCCUAGUUCUCGUUUCUGGUUUGGAUUCCUGUUUCCCCUCUUCUAUCAUUGAACGCUGGAAUCAGCCUUACUGCCUCAUUCUUUGUUUUGUUUUUGUUUUCCCCAUUUUGAUGGACCCAAGGGAAUUUUCCCCAGCCAGUGUUUCCUCAAACCAAGAAGGUGGAUCGAUGCUGCUUAGGAUUGUGCAGAAGGCUGUGUGCCUGCUCUGACUUGAUGUUACGUGAUAGAUGCUGCUUUAGGACUGGGGGUAAACCGGUUGGGCUGGGCUUUGUGUGUAACCAGCAUAGGGCAAUGGGAGGAUGUAUUCAAGGAGGGGCAGGAGAGUCCCUCAGCAGCCAAGCCUGGCUGAAAGAGGGACUCGAUGUCCCUGCAGAGUGACUCCAAAGGAGUUGGAGCCAUGCUGGUGACAAUCCAUCACUUUCCUGGCCACAUUAUCAUUUCUCAUGUCUUUAUCCAUUUCAAGAAACUGGCUCUGCUUUGAUUGCUGUUGUGUCCCCUGUAACAGAAGAGGUGUGGGGAACCUUCCUCCCAUCUCCAGGGCUGGAAUUGGCAAAUUUUGACUCUGGAGAGGCUUUGGGAUAUGUGGAAAAAAAAAAAGACAGACUUCCUUAGCAAAGGCUUAGUUCGCUUCAAACCAGUAGGAAAGAAAUUGGGUUGAGAACAGUAUUUCCCAGUGGACAGGGCUCAGGAAUUCAUAAUAAAAAUCCUCCUCUCUUCUGACAUGGAGAGCUCAGAUGGCCCAGGGAUGAACAGAUGCUGGCUGAGAGCUUCAAGGUCAAGAGAUGGCUCUGGGCAUCUGGGGAUCCUGAAGCUCCUGAUCUCCCUGCCACUGAAGUGCUCUGGUCUUUGGGCAAGCCAUUUCUCUCUCCACUCUGCAAAACACUGAUCGCAAAUCUUUACUGUAACCAAAAGAUAAGGGAUGGUAGAGCAGAGUUAAAUAGGAAUCCAGUGGACUGAUCGCUGUUCAGGGAACGGUCACCUUCCUGCCACCGUUCCAGCGGUCAGCACUAACUCUGAAUUGCUAAAAGUACCUGCACUGGAAGACCUUCUGUCUGUCCAAAUUGGAAAUGUGCCGGGGGGCUUAGCACCUAACUUAGCAGGGAGAGAAUGAGGAAUUCAGGACUGGGUCCUUGAAAAUCCUUGGAGCAAACGUCUUAAGAGCCCAGGAUGUCAGAGAGAAAAGAGGAGUCUACAGCCUAGCUCGGUGGAGUUGAGACUUUGCUCUUUGAGUAGAGCAAGCGCUCUUCCAAGUAUGUGAGUCACAGCAUACCAUGCAGAGCAGUGUCCAGCCUGGAGACUGGUGUGGCGAGAGGAGUGCACAGAUUGCUGGCCAGAAGUAGUUUAGGUGAUUAUUUUUCAGGUCCUAGGUCUUUGUUCAUAGAGUCACAUCCCGGGAGACCACAAAGCUCUCCCAGCAGCCGGGCUGCCCGGAGCGUGGUGUCCGGGGAUGUGUCAUCUCCUGGAGCUCAGUAUUAAAGACCGGGCUGUUCCAGACUCCUCUUUUUGGUGGGGGACAGAAGCUGGGCCUGCUAUUAAGAUGCCAGUAUCUGACCCUAAUAAGCUGUGAUGUCCUUUUCCCGGAAAGACAGAGGGGAGCUGGGUAUUCAGGGCUGGCUUCCUGACUCCAGCCAGCGCCUUGGAAGGCGCACGCAAAGCGACACUAAUAACCCCAUGUCCCCCCUCCAUGCCGUGCUUCCCUUAAAAUCUGCUGUCAUCACUCACUCCUUUCUGAGCCCACUGCUUUAACGGGACACCCGGGAAGUGUUUUCCUCCCCUUUUGUUUUUAUUUUUGCAAGAUUUCCACCAAAUGCAGGGCAAUUUUGCUUCCUUAGGGGUACUGUGCUGCCCCGAGAAAGUGUUACGCUUGUGUUUACCUGUGCAGGAGGAGGUGAAGGCAAGUCUUCCACAGUCUCCCGUGGAACUGCCAGGUGAUGGGAGGUGUUGAGAUAACAUGUUUCCACGGUGUUUCUCACUAAGCUGUGAUUGCAGGUGCGCUUGCUGUGGUAUUCAACAAAGAGGUCCUUUCUUUUCAGAGGUAUUAGCUUUUAAUGUGAAAAUGGAAGAAACCUCGGAGGGGCAAAGAGAAUUGCUCUUUUUGUUCACCAAGCGGUGCUAUCAUGAUGGAAAGUUCGUGCCAUACACUUGUAGCAAAAGGCAAUACUGGCCAGACCAGUGUUACGGUUGGUGCAGGGAAACUCUGAACCCCAGCAAGAGGCAUUUUCUGUGUCCAGAUGUGGGGGUUUCUGCUUUCCCAGAUUCCAGGUAUGAGGUUGGGUGGGAUUUCCGCCUUGUGCAACAGCAAAAGCUUUACCUGUAUCCACUGAAGAGCUGUCCCCGUUGUCAUGUUAGCCUGAUACUGAAGUCAUAUAGUUUUGUUCACUCAUGGUGGGUGGGUCUUUGCUGGGUUUGGCUUUAAUGAACCUGGAGACCUAGAUGUGGGAGAAAAUCCUCCGUGAGCACACACAACACAUAUGCAUUUUUAUGUCCUCGCAACAGAGGGACCAUAACUAGACACAGUCACUUGGAUGUGAGUGGGAUAGGAGUGGGACAGGCCCACAGCCAUAAACCUCACUGCGGUGUUUGUGUCAACAUCUGGUACAGCUCUUCAUUCCGAACCAGCUGCGGGAUUCCCUCUAAGCCUCUUUGCAGGAAAAAGUAGCAUCUUGCUGGGGUUUUAUUUUUUAAAAAAGAGGUUUUCAGCCUGACCCCUUUGGAAAUGGUGAAAAGUUGUGAGUUCACACGAUGGAAAUCCUGCAGACCAAAACCUGCUGUGGGGACAGGCGAUGUGGUGCCCAACCGAAAUGGAUACUUAACAGCGCUCUUAGUGAACAGUUUAAGUGAUCCACAGGAAAAUACGAUUCUGCUUUCACCCAUUUCCUCCCGACCUCCACCUCCCCUCUGGGGAGAGAAGGACUCUUACUGUAAAAAUGUGGACUUUUAAACCUGUUGACUAAAACAGUAAUUAAUAUUAAUUUAUAUUUGUGAAAAAAAUGCCACUGUCCUAGUGAUUUCUGAUGUAAAUAUGUUGUUUAUAUAGUAAGUAUUAAAUUUUCCUACAUUGUAAAACUGCUGUACUUUUGAUUCUUGUAUAUUAAAAAGUGUUACUGAGAUUUUCA